AUGAAGUUCUCUCUAGUCCUCUGCCUGCUGUGCCUGCUGGUCCAGGUUGCUUUCCACUCUGUGCAAGGGUGGCAGGCCUUCAAGAAUGAUGCCACCGAAAUCAUCCCUGAGCUCAGUGAGCAGCCCGAGCCUCCGCCUGACCUGUCGAACAGCAAUAACAAGACGAUGAACCGGGCGGAGAAUGGAGGGAGAUACCCACACCACCCCUUGGAGCCCAAAGACGCCUCGGAUUACAGCUGCCGGGAGCUGCACUUCACCCGCUACAUCACCGAUGGGCCCUGCCGCAGCGCCAAGCCGGUCACUGAGCUGGUGUGCUCGGGCCAGUGCGGGCCAGCGCACCUGCAGCCCAAUGCUAUUGGGCGCAAAUGGUUGUGGCGCCAGAACGCCCCGGACUAUCGCUGCAUCCCUGACCGCUACCGCACGCAGCGCAUCCCGCUGUUGUGCCCGGGAGGCGAAGAGGCCCGGACUCACAAGAUCCGUGUAGUGGUCUCCUGCAAAUGCAAGCGCUACACUCGUUUCCACAACCAAUCGGAGCUCAAGGACUUCGGCAAGGAGGCCACUCGACCCGCUAAGAACAAGAAGCCGCGGCUGUCCCGGAUGCGGAGCGGCAAGUCCAAACAGCCAGAGCUGGAGAAUGCUUACUAG